AGUCUCGAGUUCUUUCCAUAUCGCCAUGGCUGUGCCUACGACACCAGAAGGGCUUCCUCUGGACGACCGCUCAAAUGCUCUCAAGAUACCACUUAUUGUAUUGAUUAUAUUCAGCUCCAUUUUCGUUGCGAUUCGACUGGGUAUCAAUUGGAGGAACAGGAACUUUUUCCUUCUUACAGAUCAUUUGCUAUGGACUGGACAUGUAAUAGCUAUAGCAGGCGGUGCAUGCUGCUACACAACGGCUGUAUACGGUGCCGGCAAGCACGUUUGGGACCCAUUCAUGACACCACACCGCCUGGAAAAACAACUCUACUAUGUCUGGCUGAGCCAGAUACUCAAUCUCUACGGAAUGGCGCUGGUCAAGCUCAGUGUCUGCGCCUACAUUUUCAUGCUUGACUUUUCCAAGACAUUCCGCAUCAUGAUUUGGACCUCGAUUGUUGUGCAUGUGGGGGUCAACUUUGUGUUCCCCACGGUGGUUUUAUUCGGUGAAUGCACACCCUACUCCAAGCAUUGGGAUGUGACAGGAACCAAGCCUGGUUCAUGUUGGGGAUCAGAGCCCAGGGUUAUCUCUGGGUACUCUGGAGCAGCAGUCAACAUUGCGACUGAUCUGCUCUACACAAUGGCACCUUUGGUGUACAUUUCACGGAUUCAACUUUCGAAGCGCACAAUCUGGGGUGUCCGCGCAGUCUUUCUCUGUGGUCUCGUAACAACAACAAUCUCCGCACUGAAACUGUACGAAAUGAAGGCGCUGGCCGACACCAAAGACCCAAGCUUCGAAUCUGUCAAUCUGAGCAUCUUCGCCUCCGCCGAAGUUUUCGUCGGCGCAUUCACUGCCUCAUUACCCCCACUGCGGAAAACAUUUGAAACCUUCUUGCGCGAGAUUCUCCCCACCAACCUCACCGGAUCCUCAGGCAAAGGCUCAAAAGUAUCUCGUCAAAGCUACGUGCUCGACAAUAUCGAGGCGCGGUCAACUGCCAAGUCCUGGCCCGGCAAGCAGGAAACAGACGGCGAUAGCGAGUUGGGUAUACUACCCAACGAAGAGAUCCCACGACCAACAAACAACUCCGACCAAGCAAUUACAAAAACCACACAUGUCACCGUGACAGAAGACGACCGCAGCCUCACCCACCACGACCCUUCCACAGGCCACCCGCAAUGCCACUAUUUCGGUGGCAUCCCCUAUGCACUCCCCGCGCGCCGCUUUCAGCGCCCACAACCACUGCCGCCGUGCUAUCGCUACGGGACUGAGGCUAACCCGGGCGUGUUUGACGCGGCCUGCGGCUUGUGUCCGCAGCCGCCGGUUGUGCCGGGGAAAGAGGCCCAAGGCGAGGACGAGAAUUGUUUGCAGUGUAAUGUUUGGGUUCCGGCUGGCGAGGUGCCGGCUGUGUACGCAGGGUGGCCGGUUUUAUUCUGGAUUCACGGUGGCUUCCUCCAAUGGGGCACGCCCAACGGCCUCAAUCUCCGGUCUCUCCUCUCCGACUCGCCCACACGGUGCAUCGUCGUAGCCCCCGCGUACCGCCUCAACGUAUUCGGGUUCCUGGGUUCACGUCAGCUCGACGAUGGGUGCGGCACCGAGUACGACGCUAACGUAGGGUUUUGGGAUCAGCGGCUAGCGCUGCAGUGGACGCACGAGAAUAUCGCGUAUUUUGGGGGUGACGCGGCGAAUAUCACGCUUGGGGGUUAUUCGGCAGGCUCGCAUUCAGUGUUUCAUCAGCUCUCGUAUGAUUUGGGGUUGCCCGAGAGCAAAGCGGUGGUAAAGAGGGCGAUGAUGCUGUCAAAUGGGCCGGGGAUGCAACCGAAGAGUUUGGACGAGGCGCAAGAUCAGUUUGAAGAGUUGGUGCAGGUUUUGGGGAUUGAUCCUGGGCUGGAGCCUGCGGAGAAGCUGGGGAAACUAAGGGCGGUGCCGGCUAGUGAGAUUGUCGAGGCGAGUGGGAAGAUGAAGUUGCAUCAGUUUCGCGCGGUGACGGAUGGAGUGUUUGUUCGCCAUGGUUUAUUGGAAGAACUGUCCAAUGGUGUCUACGCGGAACGCAUGAAACGGCGCAAUAUUCACCUCAUUAUUGGCGAAUGCAAAGACGAACACUUCAUGUACGGCACCUGGCGGCCACCUCAGCCAGGCCAUACGCACAUGCUGCACCGCCUCGAAGCUGAUUAUCCUCGGGAAGCUUGUAAAGUGCUCAUGGCACAUUACUUUCCCGACGGUAAGCUCUCGUCGCGUUUCAAGAGCUGGCAGGAGGCGUUUGGGCAUAUCUAUGCUGAUGCCCAGAUUCAUGCGCUGGGACGGGGAAUGGUGAAUGCACUGGUGCAACAUGGUGCUGGUAGUCUAAUCCAUAGAUAUCGCAUCGAGUGGCGUGCGCGGUGUGUGGAUAGAGAGAUUCCCAGCCAUUUUGGCGUCACGCAUGGGUCUGACAUGGCCAUUUGGUUCUGGGGCAAUGGCAGCCACUUGACUGAUGAGGAAAAACAGAUUGCAGCACAGACAUUUCAUCACCCGCUGAGUAAGUUUUUGAAGGGAGAGGACAUGGAGUGGGGGACGGAACGUGCGAUGCAAUUGCGGACGUUGAAGAGCGAUGGUCGGGUUGUAAUUGAAGAAGACACGAGGAUGGAGGAAGGCCUCAGGCUGUGGGAUGCACUGAAGAAAGCUGGUGCGACGGGGCAGCCAAAGGAAUCGGCAAGGCUUUGAUGAUGUAGAGUCCAUGAAUAUGUGACGGAAUAGACUGAUGUGUUUACAAUCGAGUACCGUCAAUGUGAGAUAUGACACGAUUGUUUUUUUUAAAUUACAUCCUUCUUACCUCCUC